AUGCGCAUCACCUCGCUCGUCUUCUCUCUUUUUUGCGCUGCGGUCGCAUCCUCGAGUGCCGUUCCAGCACUGAUACAGGAUGAAGUUGGCAGCGCAUACCCUAUCACUGUUUCGACGGGGAAUGACUCUGUCCAAGAGUUUGCUUUUACCAACGCCUUCGCCAUCCACUACACCAUCACUAUGAAGGUGAAUGGCGUGGCUUAUCAGGUGCUCGUCGACCUGGGGAGUUCAGACACAUGGAUCAACCCCGUGGUUCAAGGCAACGUCACUCCGCCUGGUCUCAUCUAUACAGGAAUAAACGCCACCAUCGAUUAUUUGGCGGGCGGAAACGCACCGGCCGACAUCGUGUUGGCGAACGUCACUCUUGGCCCUUACACGAUCAACAACCAGGCAAUAGGAAUCGUCAAUGAGACUACCGUAACGUGCCCUGGGGGGUAUGCGGGGCUUAUCGGACUCGCCGGGUUUUACUCUUCUCAUCGCUGGGUUUUACUGACGCGGCCGUCUCAGCUUUUCAAACUCGUCCCGGAGCUUCCUAACUACGUCACGUUUCAGCUGGACACCAAGUCUCCAUACGGCUCCGAGCUUGGGAACGGCGGCGUGUUCACUAUCGGAAGCGUGCUAUCAGAUGCGGAGGAAGUCCUCGAUUCUCCCGUCAUGGAAAGCCUUCUCCCUGGACAGUGGAUGAGUUUCCUUCAAAGAGUAGAAGUCAACGGCCGAACGCUUUCCGGGCACUCGAACAUAACCAAUGACACGGCCUUGGGAAAGAUCGUCACUGUUCCCGAGGGUAAUACCGUCGUGCUCUUCGACACUGGUUCCGCCUUGAUUCAAGGCCCAUCUUGGUACGUCGAUGAGAUAUACAGUGGUGUGGAAGGCGCGAACAGGACAAUUAUCGGCGGCUCGGAUGUCGCGUGGGAGGUCCCCUGCGAUACUAAGCUCAACAUCAGCUGGGUAUUCGAUGGUGUCACGUACCCUUUGCAUCCUGUCGACUCCACACAUGGCCUGCUAUCCCUGGACGGAGAAUAUCUCUGCAUCGGCUCCAUACUUGGAAACGAUAAUCUGUGGACCAUAGACGUCGACUGGCUCAUGGGAGACAGGUUUAUGGGCAGUGUAUACCAGGUCUUCGACUAUGGCGACAUAGACGUGGCUAGCGGCCCCAUCAGGGGUACAACGCAGCUCCUCGGGGUUGUCGACCCCGAUCAAGCAUGGGCGGAGACGGACGCACUUCUGGCCGACCGCAGGCAGAAAUUCCUCGAAGCGGCCAAGCGGCCCCCUUCCCCCUGUACGCAGGACCCCACCCCUCUGAGCAUGGUUCCAACAGACACACGUCCCGCGACUUGGACGGGAUCUACGAGCCCUGCCUCGGUCACUACUCUUGCGGACACUGCGGUGUCUUCGUUCCUCGCAACGGCGUCCGAAUUACCUACUGGAUCUGCGAGCGUGUCUGUUGGCACGGGUACGACGCCGUCUUCGGCUAGUACCGUCUCUGCCUCUUCUCCUUCUACUAUUGCUUCCGCCACUGCACACUCCAUCUCCGCUUAG